UCGACUACACAAGAUUUAUCUGAAAUUUCCAGGAACUCCGGCACAAAUUUACAAGUUUUUAAACAACUUUCAUAGUGAAAACAACGUGCUUUGAGUUUAGUUGCAAAAAACAAAAUACCAUUCUGAAAUUCCUGGAAAACUUUUCAACAAUAUAAAAACACCAAAGAUUUGAGUAGUAAAAUCAAGACUAAAUUCCCAGAAUCAUGUCUAUUUGUAUAAACGCUCAAAUGUGGUCAUAUGUUCAGGCAUUAUUUGAGCAUCCCUCAAAGUGGUAUGAGUCGUAUCAGGAAAAUGGAACAAAAUACUUUAAAAGACGUCGAAAAUUGGAGGAAGAAUUGCAGCAGCAAUUAAAUGCCUGUGCAGGAGAGAUCUUUUUAUGUGGCAUACCAGCUGAUACACGAGCGGAAAAAAUAGCCCAAGUGGCCUCAUUAGUGGGUGAAGUUUACAUUUUACGUUUUAAAGUGCAUUUUUCGGGAGCUUCUAGAGGUUUUGCCUAUCUGCAGUAUAUAGAUCCCAAUCUAAUGCCUAUGGCUUUAGAAAAGUUACCUUUGCUCUUUCGCCAACUCCAAAUGCCCAUGAUUAAGGUCUGUGAGUCGCGCAAUACUUCCAAACUUUUGCUACGCAAAACUGACAUGACCCCCUUAAUGGUAUUUGAAACGCUAAAAAAGUUAAUCAAUUUUAAUAAGCUGGUGGGCCAUGAAAUUUAUCCCGGCUGUUUUGAAUAUCAAAUCGUUUUCAAAUGCAAUGAAGAAGCGGUACAUGCUCGACGUGAACUUUUAAAGUCUAUUUUGAAAUUUGGAAACAAGGCAGUGUUAGUUUGGGAUACCUCUAGCAGAAGUAAUGAUGCCACUACAAACAAUUAUCCAAAUCAGUCAAAGUUUCUAAAUAAAACUAGAUUUUAUAAGAAACUUGAAAACCCCAAUUCUUUAGAACAUCAGCAGCCACUACAAAUAUUAAGAAAAAAUAGUGGACCAACUAUUUCCAAUACAAAUUAUGAGCAACAAUAUAUGGCAGGUUUAAAUAGUUUCGCAAAUAUGAAAUUGUACUAAGAAUUUAACAAAAAAUUAAGUGAA